CCUGUCCUGUGAAACCCUGUCAUAUGAGACCCUGUCAUAUGAGACCCUGUCCUCUAAGACCCUGUCCUCUGAGACCCUGUCAUAUGAAACCCUGUCCUAAGAGACCCUGUCCUCUGAGACCCUGUCCUCUAAGACCCUGUCCUGUGAAACCCUGUCCUCUGGGACCCUGUCCUCUAAGACCCUGUCAUAUGAAACCCUGUCAUAUGAAACCCUGUCCUCUAAGACCCUGUCCUCUGAGACCCUGUCCUCUGAGACCCUGUCAUAUGAGACCCUGUCCUCUAAGACCCUGUCAUAUGAAACUCUGUCCUCUGAGACCCUGUCCUCUGAGACCCUGUCAUAUGAAACCCUGUCCUAUGAGACCCUGUCCUCUGAGACCCUGUCCUCUAAGACCCUGUCAUAUGAAAUCAUGUCCUAUGAGACCCUGUCCUCUGAGACCCUGUCAUAUGAGACCCUGUCCUCUGGGACCCUGUCCUCUGAGACCCUGUCCUAUGAGACCUUCUGGGACCCUGUCAUUUGAGACCCUGUCAUAUGAGACCCUGUCCUCUAAGACCCUGUCAUAUGAAACCCUGUCCUCUGAGACCCUGUCCUCUAAGACCCUGUCAUAUGAAACCCUGUCCUAUGAGACCAUGUCCUCUGAGACCCUGUCCUCUAAGACCCUGUCCUCUAAGACCCUGUCAUGUGAAACCCUGUCCUCUGAGACCCUGUCCUCUAAGACCCUGUCCUCUAAGACCCUGUCAUAUGAAACCCUGUCCUCUGAGACCCUGUCCUCUGAGACCCUGUCAUAUGAAACCCUGUCCUAUGAGACCCUGUCCUCUGAGACCCUGUCAUAUGAGACCCUGUCCUCUGGGACCCUGUCCUCUGAGACCCUGUCCUCUGAGACCCUGUCGUAUGAAACCCUGUCCUAUGAGACCCUGUCCUCUGAGACCCUGUCGUAUGAAACCCUGUCCUCUGAGACCUUCUGGGACCCUGUCAUAUGAGACCCUGUCAUAU